GCCUGUCUCUUUAAGUGCCACGGGCUGCUCUCCGGCCCGGGAGCCGGGAGCCGGGAGCCGGAUCUACAAUCCCCUCCCUCCUGCUCCGGCGCUUGUUGCUCGCCCGGCCCGAGCGGGAGCUGCGGCCGACCCGCAGUUUAGUCCUCUCCUCUCGCCCUACCUCUUCUAGAGCUGGCUGACUGGGAGCAGCAGCCCUAGCAGGAGGGAGGAGUCGCGGUGUGAACAGGAAUUGCCCCCCCAUUCAAGUUUGGGGUGCAACGCAGCCGCUGUGAAAGACAUGCGUCGCUCCCCUCUGCCCAGCCUUGCUGCAGCCCGCGCCGGGAGGAGGACUGCAGCGCCCACACCUGCAAACUCUCCCUAGAAGUCUUGGGGUGCGGCCGGGGCGCCUCCUCAAUCCCUACGGCCUCCACCUCUCUGCGGGUGUCCUCAGCCCCUGUACGGGGACCUGCGCCAAUGACCCUAGUGGUGGUUUCGUUUUCUCCCUUCGCGGCGGUGUGAACGUGUGUCCGCAACGUGAUGGGCAACCAGGUGGAGAAACUGACCCACCUAAGUUACAAGGAAGUUCCCACGGCCGAUCCGACUGGCGUGGACCGGGACGACGGGCCCCGCAUCGGGGUCUCCUACAUCUUUUCCAAUGACGAUGAGGACGUGGAGCCGCAGCUGCCGCCCCAGGGGCCGGAUAGCGGCAGCCUACCCGACGCAGGAGACGGGCCGCCCCUGCCCCAGCCUCAGCCCUACGACCCGCGGCUUCAUGAAGUGGAAUGUUCCGUGUUCUACCGCGACGAGUGUAUCUACCAGAAGAGCUUCGCCCCGGGCUCGGCAGCGCUGAGCACCUACACGCCUGAAAACCUGCUCAACAAGUGCAAGCCAGGCGACCUGGUGGAGUUCUUGUCGCAGGCGCAGUACCCGCACUGGGCGGUGUACGUGGGCAACUUCCAGGUGGUGCACUUGCACCGGCUGGAGGUGAGCAAUAGCUUCCUGACAGACGCGAGCCAGGGCCGUCGCGGCCGCGUGGUCAAUGAUCUGUACCGCUACAAGCCACUGAGCCCCAGCGCAGUGGUGCGCAACGCACUGGCGCACGUGGGCGCCAAGGAGCGCGAGCUGAGCUGGCGCAACUCGGAGAGCUUCGCCGCCUGGUGCCGCUACGGCAAGCGCGAGUUCAAGAUCGGCGGAGAGCUGCGCAUCGGCAAGCAGCCUUACCGGCUGCAAAUUCAGCUCUCGGCGCAGCGCAGCCACACACUGGAGUUCCAGAGCCUGGAGGACCUGAUCAUGGAGAAGCGGCGCAACGACCAGAUUGGGCGAGCGGCGGUGCUGCAGGAGCUCGCCACGCACCUGCACCCGGCGGAGCCGGACGAGGGCGACUGUAACCUAGCUCGGACUACGCCGCCUCCCGGGCGCCCCCCUGCGCCCAGCUCGGAGGAGGAGGAUGGAGAGGCGGUGGCACACUGAUGGCCCGGCAAGCUGAGCGCAGAGCUGCGAAAGGGAGCUGUUUGCAGCAGCAGUCGCAGCCCCCUUCCUCCCUCUCUCCUUCCUUUCCGCCUCCACCACCUUCUGGGCCCCAUCUGGGAUUCCUGGGCCCUUUGGAAAACCGAGAGUUGGUGAAAUGAGCAGCGGCUAUGGACAGGGGUGGAGGGAGCAGGUAGGAGCGCUGGGAGAGGCAAAGGCAAAUUGUGGACUUGCCUGGCACUUAGUCGUUGCUGGAUCGGGUUCUAAAAUCGGCCCUUAUGCACAUGGGGUUGGAGAGAAGUUCCAAGAACCAGUGUCUACCAUUGCCGCCUCCAGCUUAACUGCUUGCACUGGGCUUGAAGGAUUCCUGGUAAAAAGCCCUACAGGUUUAUGGAAUCUCCUCUGCCAGCCAGCACGGAGAGCUGCUUAUCUGCUUCCUUUGUGAAGCUAGGUUCUGUUUGGGAUUUGGGAGGUUGGGGUGAUUUGUUUUAUGGGAUUCCUGGGGUGCAGGGCUGUUUAAACCAAGACAAGGUCUGGGAGCAGCAGACCAAAACCAGGCAAGCCCCCUAUUAAGUGUAACCUAGUUGAGCAAACACGGACUUUGCUACCUCCUUCCUCCCAACCCCAAAUAAUCAGUCUUCAGGAGCUGACUCUUGGCUGAAUCACCUCCACCAGCCCCUUCCCAGGUUACAAGUAAAUCAUUGUCAAGGGCCAGGCAUGGGAAGGAUUCAGUUAAGGUUUGUUCUGAAGUCUUUGUUUCUCCCCUGCUGUUCCAGGCACUUAAAUAGCUGCAUUGUUAUCAAUGGAGGCAAUAGUCCUUUGUGUUUCUGAUCUAAUUAAACCUGCUCAGCUGUGCUCAGCUGUGUUCAUCCUCAGGUCACAUGUAGGAUUGGUUUGUACCACCUCAUAAAGUAUCUGCUAUGGAAGUAGACAUUCUCCCUGGCAAGAAUUAGUGAAGGGAACCCUUUUUUUCAAAACAAGGCUUUGAUAGUAGUACUAUAACUUAUACCCCCCACCCCUUCUUAUACCGGCUCAUCCCCUUCACCCUCAUUUUUGUUCUGCUGGUGGCAAAAUCUCAGGCUGGAGACACCCGGUAGUGCUAGCCACACUUCAUGAAGUUUAAGGUGCAAAGUCUCAUACUGUAGCAGUCUCCUUAUUGCUUGGAGAAGACCCUUUCAGAGCCCUUUCUUAAUAGAUGCCACCUGGUGUAGUCAGCACCAAAUGUUAAUUUGGAGACAGUCUGAAGGUACAGGUUGGUGAGAUCUGUUCAUGGCAGGCUGAGAAAGUAUUAUUUGGUACUGCGACUGCUUAAUAUGAGACCAAUUUUUUAAACCUGUCUCUUCUACUCCUGUAAACUCUAUAAGGAUGUGUGCCCUCCAGUGCAGAAUAGCUUCUCUGUUGCCCAUGGCCAAUAUUGUCUUCAAAUGUAUAGAAUUUGAGGGGCUUUUCCCCUCUCUUGGGAGUCAUAAACUACAUUGUACAAGUCAUUUGGUGACCUAAUUCUUAACAGUUGGAAUAGAAUCAUACUUGAGUGGUCUACAGCCAUGGCUAUAGUUGGGCCUCUUGCCUGGAAAUCUCUAAGGCAAAAAGUCUUGAAGGAUUUUCUUUUGUAUUUAUUUUUUUUAGGCAUUGGAAUUGAGGCCAUAAUUUUUAAAAGCCUGGGCCUUCAUAGCAUCUCAGACUUGAAGUCUUUUAAUUGCAAGGCAUUAGCCCUGUUCCCUGUUUUCACAGUUAGCACCAAACAGUUGCUAUGACUUUGAUGUCUAAAGAUGAACCACACUCCAGUGCCGGUCUAGGACUUUGGCAGGAGAUCAGUUUGUUUUUAGAAAUGCAGGUCUAGUUUCAAUGUUGAAUAUUCUCAUAGCUGUGCAUUUAUAUUCUCUUGCUCAUGGAAAAACAGAUCGAGAUAAACCUGAGUAAAGACGUUUAGGAGAGCCGCUACAUCUUACUGAUUUGGGUUUUCUUUCAUGUGUAACACAGGAGUGAAAGUUGAAAAUAAUGUCACUGUGCAGAUGGGGUGGAGGAACAGAAUGGUACUGUCCAGCAACUCUGGGCUCACUAAAUCAUUUUUCUAAUCCCCAGCCCUUCCCCUUCCUCUGUCCCAUAAUAGAAAGUGAUAAUGUGGUCACACUGCGUGAUAGCAGAGCCUAUAUGUUGUUAUUGAUGAAUGGCUCUUUCUGAGAAGUUUCAACUCAGACGAAGUACUCCUAUAAAAUCCAUGCCAGUAGUAACAUUCUACCUCGAGAGAAGAGGUUUUUGAUAACAGGGCUUGAAAAUAAACUAGAAUAGAAAAUCUGUUCCAGCUGCUGCUUUCCCCUGUAAUGCAGGUGUUUCUACAGGGUACCAGAGAUAUGGCAUAUGUGAUACUUAGAACAAUGAUGUUAUUGGGAAUUUGCUUAAGGUAUAAUGCUUAAAGUGAAGCAGCAGCCAACCAGUCAAGGCUCCACAGCAGGGAGUCGAGUCAACUCUUUCCUCGAGAGGGCAGUGUUGUAGAUAAGUGAGUUUUUAAUGCCCUGGCAAUGGCUACAUUUGACACUUUAGACAAAAUAAAUAUAUUUAAUAAUUUUUGUUUCUCCUUAGGAAUAAGACUUUAGAACUAUUUUGUACUGUGAAUUACGGAUGCUCUUUGAAGGAAAGAAAUAUCGAUUCUAAUGUUCUUCAGAAGCUCUGGCAGGGAUAAGCAGGACUUCGACUGGAACAUAUGCUAAAUGAAACCAGACAAAUUCUAUUUUCUUACCUGAGCAAAUAUUUUAUUGAAACUGCUUAUGUAUGUCAAAGGAGCCCACAACUUCAGCUGUACACCUUUUUGUAUCAAAAGAACUCAAACACCUUUUGUAGCUUUUAUUUCCACAUUUAAUGUAAAAUGGCUUUGUAGCACUAAAAUGCCUAGCAGAAGAUGACUUCAGAUCUUUAAGGAAAUAUUUAGUUUUUAUGAAAAAUUACACUUUAGUGGUUAAACGUCUCCCGUCUUCGGUGCUUCUGGCCGUAAUAGCACCACUGGACAACACCACAACCACGUGGAAACAUAUUUUUGGAAGCAGAACUUUAAUUUUGUAUGACAUAUGCUAUGGAGAGCUAAGAAAUUUUAGGACUACACGUUUUCUAUUUUUUUUUUUUUUCUUACCAAAAUGGAAUCCACUGUGUUGAAGACUCUUGGUAUUACGUGCUUGUCUAACAAUUUUUUUAUAAAUUAGGGUAAAAUCUAGUGUAAUCAUGGUCAUAAAAUGGAUUUGUUUGGAAAGUUCUGUCUUAUUUUUGAAUUUAUUUUAUUUUUUUUUUUUUUACAUCAGGGUAGCUAUAACUUGACUGGAUAAUUCAAAGUUUUGUUGUAUUGUUUUGCUCUUGGUUAUAAUACUUGUGAUCCAUGGAGAAUUAUAUUGACUAACAGGAUGAAUUAUACAUGCAUUUUGUUUCCCAAUGGAUUGUGCACACUUUAUUUUUGUGGAAAGUUGUAUGUUAAAUCAAUGUUAUGUUCUUAUACCACUUCUUGAGAAGGAAGUUCCGAUUUGAAAUUGUAUCGUUUCCUUCAAAAUGAAGGGCAGUGCUUAGUUAAAUAAAAGAUUGAUGAUAUCUUUUAAGCCAUUUCCUCUUCACUCUAUCCUAUUAAAAUAAAACCUGUCACGUCCGUAUGAAAAAUGCUAUGAGGGUUUCCAAUAAACCAUCUUUUAGAGUUAACUG